ACGCCUAGAGACCCCCCGGAAAUGCAGGGAAGGACGCCGCAGGGAGUCGAUGACGCACUUCCGGCAUGGGAUGUUAUUUUUGGUUGCGGGACUAGGAGUCGUAGGCACUCAGCUGAAGAAAGGAGGAAGUGCGCGAGAGGCGCUUGGCGUGGUGGAGCCAAGUGUUUGGGAUCAGAGGGUGGUGAGGGCCGGUGAGUUCCUUGGGUUUGCUCCUUCUUCACCUGAAAGGAAGACUCCAGGAAGGGCAGCACAUGCCGGAGAAAGAUGAGUUCCAGCUUGACCACCCAGAGGCGCUGCAGUGACGUGGAGUCGGGACCCUGGGUGAUGGCUGGGAGGUCCAGGGACGCCGCGCCGUCCCAACGUGACGGACUUUUACCUGUGAAGGUGGAGGAAGACUCACCCGGAAGUUGGGAGCCCAGCUAUCCCGGGACUUGGCCGGACCCCGAAACUUCUCGACAGCACUUUAGGCAGCUGCGUUACCAGGAGGUGGCGGGACCGGAAGAGGCGCUGAGCCGGCUCCGAGAACUCUGUCGUCGGUGGCUGAGGCCCGAGCUGCUCUCCAAGGAGCAAAUCCUCGAGCUGCUGGUGUUGGAGCAGUUCCUCACCAUCCUGCCUGAGGAGCUCCAGGCCUGGGUGCGAGAGCACUGCCCGGAGAGCGGGGAGGAGGCGGUGGCCGUGGUGCAGGCUCUGCAGCGAGCGCUCGAUGGGACCUCACCCCAGGGGAUGAUGACUUUUGAGGACGUGGCCAUGUCUCUAACCUGGGAAGAGUGGGAGCGCCUGGACCCAGCACAGAAGGACUUCUACAGAGAGAGCGUGCAGAAGGAUUCCGGGAGCACAGUCCCGCCGAGUUUGGAAAGCAGAACAGAGAACAAAGAGUUGAUUCCAAUGCAAGAAAUUUUAGAAGAAGCAGAGCCACAGGAGCAACUACAAGAAGCAUUCCAGGGGAAGCCCCCCCUGUUUUCUAAGUGUGGCCAUACCCAUGACAACAGGGUAGAAAAGCAGUCCAGAAACGCUUUGCCCCUGAAACUUGAAAAUUCUCCUGAAGCGCAGGGACUCACUAGCAUCUCAGAUGUCAACAGGAAUAGUUCCAUGGAAGGGGAAGACUCUAAAAAUAAUGAAUUGCAGAACAGUGCCAGAUGUUCCAACCUUGUUCUAUGUCAGCACAUCCCGAAAGCAGAGAGGCCCAUUGACGGUGAGGAACACGGGAACAUGUGCAAUCAGAGUUUCCAUGUCAUGACGUGGCACAUGCUGAAACCUCACAAGUCUCACAGUGGAAACAGUUUCCAUCAUUCCAGCCUUUUCAAGACCCAGAGACAGCUCCAUGAAGAAAGACCUUAUAAAUGUGAUAACUGUGGGAAGAGUUUCAAACAACGCUCUGACCUCUUUAGACACCAGAGAAUCCACACAGGUGAGAAGCCCUAUGGCUGCCAAGAAUGUGGGAAAAGCUUCAGCCAGAGCGCUGCCCUGACCAAGCACCAGAGGACACACACAGGCGAGAAGCCAUACACCUGUCUGAAAUGCGGGGAGCGCUUCCGGCAGAAUUCACACCUAAAUCGUCAUCAAAGUACCCACAGUGGAGACAAACAUUUUAAAUGUGAGGAAUGUGGGGAAACCUGCCAUAUUUCCAACCUUUUUAGACAUCAGAGACUACAUAAAGGAGAGAGACCCUAUAAGUGUGCAGAAUGUGAGAAGAGCUUCAAACAGCGCUCCGACCUCUUUAAACACCAGAGAAUCCACACUGGGGAGAAGCCCUAUGAAUGUUCUGUCUGUGGGAAACGCUUCAAUCAGAGUGCAACCCUUAUUAAACACCAGAGAAUUCACACUGGAGAAAAGCCUUACAAAUGUCUUGAAUGUGGAGAAAGAUUUAGACAAAGUACACACCUUAUCCGACACCAAAGAAUUCAUCAAGAUAAAGUGCUGUUGGCUGGGCGUGGUGGCUCACGCCUGUAAUCCCAGCACUUUGAGAAGCCAAGGCAGGUGGAUCAUUUGAGAUCAAGAGUUCAAAACCAGCCUGGCCAACAUGGUGAAACCUUGUCUCUACUAAAAAUACAAAAAUUAGUUGAGCGUGGUGGUGCGCACCUGUAAUCCCAGCUACUCAGGAGACUGAGGCAGGAGAAUCACUUGAAUGCAGGAGGCAGAGGUUGCAGUGAGCCGAGAUCACACCACUGCACUCCAGCCUGGGCAACAGAGUGGGAUUCCAUCUCAAAAAAAUAAAGUGCUAUCAGUUUGAUAUGUUUCUGUGUGA